UAGCAAGCGCUUUCGUAAAGCAAAACACAGCGGCCGAGUGUCCACCGCGGUGAGGACGGACGGCAGACCGGGCAGCACAGCACCGACGCGCCGGAGACUCGGGCCGCUCGCAGUCGUCAGAGUCACGUCUUUGAGAGGGCCAGGAGCCAUUCGCGGGUGGCGCGCUGGUGGAGCAGCCGAGGACGCGGCCGCGCCAGUGGAGAGCAGGAGACGAGAGCCGCGGAGAACAAGGAAAUGAAGCUGUCAGACGGGCUGGCUCGCUUCUGCUAGCAAGUUAGGCAGGCGACGGACGGCGGCGGCGGCGGCAGCAGCGAGCCACUUCUGUCGGAACCUCCAGGCGAUGAAGUGUCUGUGAAGCUGGUCCGCAGCGCCCAGAUAACGUCGGUUGGAUUUCUGAGAAACUCCCAGCGAAGCGGGAACAACUUGCUAGCCAGCGGCUAACUUUUAGCAGCUCCCUCAACUUGGAGUGCAGCUCGGUGAGACGGUCCGAAGCCUCGGGGUCACUGGUGUGUUGGGCUGUUCUGGGCUCGGCUGUCUUCUUCAGUUUCCCCCCACCACUUGGUUCGUGUCCUCACGCUCUGCUAACUAGGUCACCGUGACUUCGCGGUGGCCUUUUACCGUCACCGUACAACUCGACUUGAUCUCUGAGCACAUCCGGCUGCUGGUUUCCUCAAGUCAACUACAACGCUCUUCUUUAUUAGACUCAGACGUUCGCUCACAGUCAUGCCUUUCCCAUUUGGCAAGUCGCAGAAGAGCCCUGCUGAAAUAGUCAGGAGCCUGAAGGAUAAUGUGGCCUACCUGAAGAAGCUGGACCCCGGAGACAGCAAAAAGUGUGAAAAGGCGACGGAAGAGGUCUCCAAAAACCUGGCAUCUUUGAAGGAGGUACUGUGCGGGACAGGCGAAAAAGAGCCCCAGACCGAGGCGGUGGCGCAGCUGGCGCAGGAGUUGUACAACACCAACCUCCUCAUCGCCCUCAUUGAAAAUCUACACCGGAUUGAUUUUGAGGGGAAGAAGGAUGUGGUUCAGCUGUUCAGCAACAUUGUCCGACGGCAGAUUGGAACCCGUACACCCACGGUCGAAUACAUUUCUUCACACCCUGAGAUCCUCUUCAUGCUGCUGAAGGGGUACGACAGCCCCGAGGUGGCUCUGAACUGUGGGAUGAUGCUGAGAGAGUGUCUGCGUCAUGAGCCGCUGGCCCGCACCAUCCUCUACUCAGAGAAGUUCUACUGCUUCUUCGGCUACGUGGAGCUCUCGACCUUCGACAUUGCCUCGGAUGCUUUCGCUUCAUUCAAGGAUCUGCUCACCAGACACAAGAUCAUGUGUGCGGAUUUCCUUGAGACCAAUUACGACCGGGUCUUCACGGAGUACGAGAAGCUCCUGCAUUCUGAGAACUACGUCACGAGGCGACAGUCUUUGAAGCUCCUCGGAGAACUCCUCCUCGAUCGCCACAACUUCACCGUCAUGACCAAGUACAUCAGCCGGUCGGAGAACUUGAAGCUGAUGAUGAACCUUCUGAGAGACAACAGCCGGAACAUCCAGUUUGAGGCCUUCCAUGUCUUCAAGGUCUUUGUGGCAAACCCAAACAAGACGCAGCCCGUGCUGGACAUCCUACUGAAGAACCAGACCAAGCUGGUGGAGUUCCUGAGCCACUUCCAGACGGACAGAUCUGAGGACGAGCAGUUCUGCGACGAGAAGAACUAUCUGAUAAAGCAGAUCCGGGACCUGAAGAGGCCCGCCGCGCCCGAGGACUCCUAAGGCCCCUGCCCCGCUCCAGCUGGUAGAAGUGUGCUUCAGACGUAACUCUCAAGUAUAGGAAACGUGUACAUCUUCCCUCCUUCCCUUUCUGAUUUGAUGUGGAUUUCCACCUGCAAACCUCGGCAGUGCUUCUCUUAAUCCCUCGCGUCAAUCCCUACUUGUAAUAUCGGACCUUUAAACUGCUGCUUUCCACAGUGUUGCAGGCAGAAUCCUUCAAAUGUCGCCUGAGCUGAUGUACCUGAAACAUAAUGGGGUUUAGAGACUGAAACUGAGGCGGCGAAUAUUCUUUCCGACGACUGCCUUGUUGCUGCGGCGCGUGCUGCGACUCAGAGGAUGUUAAGAAGAGGCGGCGCUGGCUGACGGCGCUGGCUGGCGGCGCUGAUAAAUGUGUCGUUUUAACGGGCGACAGAUUCCACAGUGAUGUUCUCGCUAAUGCACCCGCUGGCACGGGCGGAGAAAGGCAGAACCAUGGAGGGAUGGAUUGGUGGUGCUGUGAUUUUGAGGCUGCGCCCGGCCAGGCUUGCAUGACUGAAAUAGAAAGGAGGCAUCAGAUAGUGCUGCAGGGGGAGCUGCCUUGCACGCGUGGAUACAGCAACCAUUGGUCUCUGGAAGCACUCCACUCUGCUCCCCCGGAGCAGUGAGAGUUUGGAUUUAGGGCGCAAUCCUGGCUGGUUCUCAGAUUUGACUUCAUCUAGCGCCCAAACACAAGCUUCUCCACUCGAGGCUGGUGAGCCUGAUGCACUCUUCUGGCUUCCACCCAUCCCGCUCAGUUGGUCUCACCGAAGGAGUCCUCACUGCUUUUCAUUUGCAGCCUUUGAAUGCAAGUUGGUGCCUUAGACCAGAGGCUUUAUUAGCCACGCACUAGAACAGAGGCAAAGUUUGACCCUCCGUGUUCAGGAAUUCAAAUCAAAUGGUGAAAGAAGUGAAGCCACCUUCCCUUGCUGGCGGUCAAGUCAACUUCCUCGCGAUAAGCAAAUCUUUGCCUUACUUCUGUCUGUGUGCUCCAGUCAACACCUCCAUGGGAUAUGAUUUGUGAACGCUGCACCCUCUCUCUCUGCUCUCUUCAGGACAUUUUAGUCGAGCUUUUAAAUGCACAGCAGCGGCGCGUAGGCCUGUGCUAACUUGUUGUCUUGGAUCAGGAGCAGGGACUGCGAGCCGGUUUUCUCAGUGGGAAACCCGAAUGUUUCAUUGGGCGGUGCCACACGAGUGUUGAUUCAUACUGAAUUGCAGCAUGGUACCUCACAGUGGACGUUGCCUUAUUUAACCCAGUGCUGAUCCCGUCUUAAUUUGUUUGAAAAACCAAAGUCUUUCGUGGUUCAUUUCAGGUCUUCGCUGCAUUCUAAUAUGUCGCUCAUAGUCGAGUCACGGCUCUCGAACUUGCAGCUGCAGGUUCGAGGAAUGAGAUCCUGUGAGCACAUCGGCGCCAGAUCCAAGCCAACCUCUGGCUCUGCCUCUCGACCACUAGAGAGCGCUGUGCCCGCUGCAUUUCAUGCUUCCUACCUCCUCCUCCUGAGCUGAGACAUCACUGGUCACAUGUUGGCAUGAACACAACCUCCUGCUUCCAUCGAGUUUUAAUGUUCUGCUUUUUUUCCUUCUCCCAAUGCUUUUCUUUAUUUACCGUCGGUGCGACAAAUAUGUACAUAACUUUAUAAAAGUGUGAACGAUUUCAUGACAAUAAAACUUUGGCAAGUU